CAAUAAUCGACACACGAAUGAGAGCGUUGUGUUUACUGGACAUAAGUGUGUUUAUUACCUUUUCUUUGUGUUUUUUUUCUAUAUACGGGUGUAUCAAUCCAAAAUUUAGGCGAAAUUGUAUUGUGAAUUUGGACUAUCUUGGGCAUGAACAGCAGUCGUAGGAUCUUUCAUUUGUCUAUUUAUUAGCAAAGUGUUAAAGAUGAACAACCCAGUCUACUUCACCAGAGCCAAACAAGAGGAGACGCUCUGGAUAGAAAAAAAGAAAGAAGACAAGCAAACAAUUUCUGGGGUUGAGGCCAGAGACUUUUACCAAAGCCUUUUACAAGAGAGAGAUGGACAAAGGCUAAAAGAUGGAGAAGCAACAGCAACAAGAAGAGCAAAAAGACGAAUAGAACCCAAUCGAAGAAGAGGAGCAGCAAGAAGACUAGAAGCUUCCACUGUCCAGCCAGUCUGCACUGAGCGUAAUGGACACAAACUCCUGCAGUGCGCCCAGGAAGGCAACAUUCGGGCCCUGAAAGACCUCUUGCGACGUGGCUGUGAUGUCAACUUCCGUGAUGAUUUUUUCUGGACUGGUGUGAUGUGUGCGAGUCAGGCAGGACAAACAGAGGCCGUUCGGCUGCUCCUGGAACAUGGAGCCGCUUGGGUGGGAGUCGUGGACAAACAGGGCAGAGAUGCUCGGGAUCUGGCACUGCAGGCUGGUCACCAGGAUCUAGUGAGGGUGCUGGAGCAGUUUAAUGUGUCAGAGAUCACAAACACAUCUAUAAUAAACAAUGCAGACAGUGUUACUUCUCAGUGGUGUAAUGUGUGUGCUGUACAUUACACAGACAGCAAUGAAACCCACAACAGAUCCACAUUGCAUCAGUUCAGUGAACUUCAUCCUCAAGCCACCCCUCAAUACUGCCUGCCCUCAUCCAGCACCAGCUAUAAAAUGAUGCUCCGCUUGGGGUGGGACCCUUCCUCUGGACUUGGACCUGCCCACUCUGGCCGCAAAAACCCAGUAAGCACGAUACUAAAGAGAGACCAGGCGGGUCUGGGAUAUGGGACUGCCCCGCAACCCAAAGUCACUCACUUCCAGCCUAAAGAUCCUCAGGCAGUGCAGCAUAUAUUUAAAGAGAAAAGACUGAGACAGGAGAGAGGAUCCACGCUCAGUGCUAAAGAACAUAAGAGGAAAGAGGAGAGAGACAAGAGAUGGGAGAUAGACUACCGUUCCUCGUUUAACUUUGACUUUUGACCUACCAUGCUCUUUAACAGGAUUUCAUAAUUUUUUUUAAAGAUAAUUACAUUUAUUAAUUAAAUAAAAUGGUCUUUAGUUGUCUGGUGUUGCUUGACAGUAAGCAAUGUUUUUUCAGCCAUUAAAUACAAUAGGGUCUCUGAAACACUAAAG